CAAGCUAAAAAAUGGAUUGAUCAAGGUUAUCAAACAUUGGAUGAUUUACGAGCAAAAGCUCAUUUGACACAUAAUCAACAAGUAGGACUUAAAUAUUAUGAUGAAUUUUUACAACGGAUACCACGAGUAGAAAUACAAGAAAUUGAAAAUGUGGUUAAAGAAACAGCUGAAUUAUUACGACCCGGUAUUAUUUUGACAACUGGUGGUUCAUAUCGACGUGGUCAACAAACAUGUGGUGAUUGUGAUAUGAUUAUUACACAUCCCGAUAGAAAAUCUCAUGAAAAUUUAUUGAUACCAUUAGUCGAAAGUUUAAAAAAGAAAGGUAAACGAACAAGUGAUCAGGAUAAAAUGUUUAAUAUAAAUAUGUAUAUAUGA